AGCAGUUCGUUCGUCUCAGAAGGUUCUUAAGCCCUGCAGCGGUGGAGAUCCGGAGAUCUUCCUGUAAGUAAUACUUAUUUGCUCGCCGGCGAUCUGAAACCGAACGAAAACCCACGACGCAGACAUGGGCCUCGAGACCCUGUCCCAGCAGUCCAGCUUCAGCCUCCUGAACCCGUCAGGACCCUCGAUCUUAGCCCCUCGACUGGGCUGUCUGAAUAUCGCGGGUCGAAAACCUCAGCGGACGCCGCAUUAUGUCCCGAUCACGUCGCGGGGUACAGUCCCGCACGUCGCUCACGAUGUGAUGAGAGACCAUGUGAAGAUUGACAGUAUCUAUAUCGGACUGGAAGACUUCCUCCAGAAAGCCCACCAUGAAAGCCCCGUUUACAAGCUGCCCACUGCAGCGCAUGAAUCCCCGCUUCGAAAAUUCAUCGCGUUUCCGAAGGAUGUACUGUUGGUCCUGGGACCCCGACGAAUCCCGCCCAUCGUGUGCCCGACAUCAAACACGGAGAACUCCAUCUCCAUCAUGACGUCGGUUGGGUUCCGGCAGCUCGAGGCUGGUCAGUAUAUCGAGGCGAUCCAGAAACUACGACCGGACAUUGCGAUCGGAUUGUCGGAUCUCGUGCUGGGUGCCAAACCCGGUGCGAAGAGGCGGAUGAAGAUGGUCGAUCGAACCCAUGCAUAUACCAGGGAUGCGACAGAGCGGUUAUACGGCGACUGGGUUGCACCAGAGGCCCGAGACAAGGCGCUAUAUUUCGCCCCGGUAUUGCCGCUGGAGAAUACCCAGCAGCAACUAUACCUCCAGGACCUGGCCGAGGACCUGCGGCCGCGAAUCUCAGGCCUGGCUCUAUACGACUCAGCCUCCUUGUCCAUCGUCCCCGAGGAACUUGGCGAUCUGCCCAGACUCUCCCUCAGCGAGUACAAGACACCUCACGAUAUCCUACGAGAUAUUUCCCUAGGUGCAGACCUCGUGACGAUCCCCUUCCUCAGCGCAGCCACUGACGGCGGCAUCGCGCUGGACUUUACUUUCCCUGCUCCUGCAUCUCCCCCAUCGACACCACCACCACGACCUCUAGCUUUCGACAUGUGGUCACCAUCACAUACCACAGACCUCUCUCCAAUCACCCCCAAUUGCCAAUGCUACACCUGCACGAAACACCACCGAGCAUACAUCCGACAUCUCCUAUCAGCCAAAGAGAUGCUCGCAUGGACACUCAUCCAGAUCCACAAUUUUCACACCAUAGACUUAUUCUUCGCUGCUAUCAGGAAUAGCAUCGAAAAAGCCACUUUUGAUGAAGACAUAAGGACCUUUUCACGAAUAUAUGAAUCAGAAUUACCGCGACAAACGGGUACAGGACCUAGACUCCGCGGCUACCAACUCCCCGCCUCUGGACCGGGUCAACCGAAGCGCAAUCCCCGUGCCUAUGGCCGUUUAGACGAUGCCGUUGAAAAGUACGCGGAAUCGAUAUCUUCCGUAACUGUCCCGGACGCUGGCGCCGAUGAGUUACAAGAUCGGGGAUUCGCUGAGAAAAAGGAUGGUGCUGCUUUAUAAGAUACCGUAGUAAUAACUAUGUCCUAUAAUAGAAUAUCCUUCUAACAUGUCCAUGUACGAAACGGGUUGAUAUCUCUGAAGUCCA